CUCGCCGGUUGGCCUGUUGCCCUCUGACCAGUCACCAGUGGCCGCGCCAAGGCUUUCGAUCCGAUGUGACCGAGUCUGACUGAACCUCUGAAGUCUGCGAGGAAACCCUCCCGAUCGCAUCGUCCGGGGACCGCGCGAUGCGACACCGUCCAACUCGGAUUCUGCGUAUUCUUACUUAAUUCAAUCUAUACAAAGACCACUUCAUUUGUUCCUGAACAGUCAACGCGCUGUUCCCACGCCACCCAUGGCUUCCGAGUCCACCACAAGUCCACAGGGUCAAGCGUGGACUCCUGCUUCGACCUUCUCUGCGCCUCCCACCAAACCGCCCCGCAUCCUGGCAUGUAUUCUGUGUCAGGGGCGGAAGAUCAAAUGCGACAGAAACUUCCCAUGUGCCAACUGCAUCAAGUCCAAAGUCAAGUGUAUCCCGAGUACUCCGGCGCCCGCGCGCAAGCGCAGACGGCCAAACCAAGACCUCCAGGAGAGAUUGACCCGCUGUGAGGAGAUGUUGAAGGAGUAUGCCGCCGUGAAACCUGAGCGCACCUCGCCGUCACCUUCGCACGCCGUCCUUCAAGAGGACUUGCGUUGGCAGCCUACUGGGAAGCUCGUCCAGGAAGAUGGGAAUGUCCGCUUUGUGGACAACCCCUUGCUAGGGCAGAUUUUUGAUGAGGUAUGUGUCCGAGCCAUGAGGGAGAUUGUGAACUGCGACGACUUUGAGGAUGACAGCACCAGCACCACUGGCAUGACUCCCGAUGAGAACUCGGAGCUUCUCCUUGGCGGCGACUCUCCCGACGUGAAGGUUGAGACCCUCUGGCCCGAGCCUGCCCAGAUGUUCAGCCUGUGGCAAAUCUACCUGGACAGGGUGAACCCACUUACCAAGAUCAUUCACGUUCCGUCACUGCAGCCAUUCGUCGCGGAAGCUGCCAUCCGCUCGCCGAGCGUCCCCAGAAACAUUGAGGCUCUCCUGUUUUCCAUCUUCUUGAUGGCGGUCGUGUCGCUGACUCCGGACGAGUGCCGAGCGCUGUUGAGCUUCUCCAGAGAAGAAGCGCUCCAAAAGUACUCGUUGGCUGUCCGGUUAAGUCUGCUCCAACUGAACUUUCUGAGGUGUCACGACUUGACCGUCCUACGGGCACUCGUAAUCUAUCUGAUAUCACUCCAGGGUCGGUACAACCGGCACGCUGCGUGGAUUCUGAAUGGCAUUGUCAUCCGCAUCGCGCAGAAGAUGGGUCUGCAUAGGGACGGCGAAGCCCUAGGCCUUUCGCCAUUCGAAUGCGAAAUGCGGAGGCGUCUGUGGUGGCAGAUCAUCAUGGUCGACGCGAGAUACGCCAUUCUCUCUGGCCUGAGCCCCUCCUUGCUGCCCACUAACAGCAAUACGAAAGCGCCCAAGAACGUCAACGACGCUGACAUCUUUCCGAACGCUACGGAGCCCAUCGUGGAGCGCGAGGGACCCACCGAAAUGAUAUUCUGCCUGCUGACGUACAAAUUCGCCAAGUUCCUCACCGACAUGCCUGGGUUUGAGGGCAUGAUCUUGUUACAGGAGGGACAAGCAGAUGACUCGGCAACGGAUGUCGGGGAUUUGCCCACACAAGAGCAAGUGGCAGCGUACCGACGCGCGGUAGGACGGCUUCGCGAAGAACUACUGGAGGUAUUCGACAAAUACUGCGAUCCGAAGGCGGGACCGGUGCACGAAAUGGCCCUUACGAUGAGGGAGCAUGUCCUGGACAAACUCAACGAGCUUAUGACGCCUCCCAAAGAGCGCCCCGACUGGGGUGGGGAAGUCAAAAAUGCAAAGGACAACACCUUCAAGAUCGCCGUCAACGCGUUCGAGCACAACGAGGCCAACUACGCGUCCACCAAGGACAGGGGCUUUGCCUGGUUCUCCCUACUCCACUUCCAGGUCGAUUUGUUCAUGUACUUGGCCGGCCAGCUGUGCCAGCGCACUGAAGGCAACCUGGUGGAGCGUGCCUGGCGCCAGGUCCACGUGGUCUACUCAUACCACCCGGAGCUCUUUGAUGUGACCAACAAGAAUUACGCCGCUCUGGCCCUCCACAUCCUCCAGGCCUGGAAGAACCGUGAGCAGUUGAUCCUCAGCCGCACCGGCCAGAUUCCCGAGGCCCCAUUCUACAUCAAGAAGCUGCGGGCCUGCAUGCCGUCCGACAUUGUGGAAUGCAAGGAGGAGGGGAACGGGCAGAAGACGUCGCCGUACCCGGCCGGAUCUCCCGAUCUCACCGCCGCCACCACCAUGGGAGCCCUGAAUUUCGGCAUAUCUCCCGAACCCUCCUUGGGACAGUUCUUGUCCAUGAUCGAUCCACAACAAGGAAUGGAUUGGGACGCUCUUGCUGGUCAGCCGAUAGUCAUCCCCAACGGCCAGCCGACGCCGGGGUUCGAGCUGUAUGGCAUGGGACCUACAACCGAAUGGUGACGGCCUCCUCGGAACGAUCAACAGCCGGGUUGGACUCCGUUUUGGGGUCGGGCGUGUGGACAGCCUGGAGAAGCGCGGAUGCAUCCGCCGUCCCGGGUUGGCACUUCCCCAUGCUCCGGCUUCCUCCAUUCCUGCAGCAUCUGUUUGUUCAUCAUCCUCCGUGUGUGGUAUUGGUGGAGAACCACAGAUACCCAACUCAAGGAUACAUCUCAUCUCUUCCCCGCCAUUUGCAUCAUGACUUAAUGACGCGUCUCAGGGGACUUUGGCAUGUACCAUAACAUCAUACUUCGGGACCACAGACACUCCAUUUGGGAUCGGGCAGAUAGAU